AAUUAAGCCAACAUGGCGACCUGUGUGUAAGAGAACUUGCUUGUAGCAUCAUGGGUGAACCUGAAAGUACCGGGAGUUUGGUUAAAUACUACUGCACCGCCGGUAACGGGAUGGAGCGGUUCUUGAUCGCUGAGGUGAAGAAGAAGCUGGCUGCUGAAGACGUGUGUCAGAUUGCAGGUAAAGUGUUGUUCAGCUCUUCUGUCGCCAUCAACAGAGUCAGUGAGCUGAAGGCUGCAGAGAGACUCUUCCUCCUGCUGAGGAGAGACUCACCUGUGCACCUGUCUGCACACACAGGCCCAGCUAAAGCUGCUUCCGUGCUUCAGUCCAGAGUGCUGGGUGACGUCGCCCAGUGGACCGGUGCUGCAGUGACGUGGAGCCGCCUGCAGGGGGAGCUGUCGGUCAGGAGGGCGACCGGGGAGAAGGAGCAAGAGGAGGAGGAGGAGGAGGAGGAGGGAGGGAGUGAAGAGGGGAGAGAGGAGGAGUUGAGCAGGAGAACAUGUGGAGUCAAAGCCCAGAGGCUGAAGAGAAAAAGGGAUGAAGAAGAAGAAGAGGAACAGAGGCCUGAGAGGAAGACGGGGGACACAACAGAUGAUCACGGGACGCGACCCAACCGGACCAAACCAGAGCCGUCUGUUCUGGCUCCGCCCACUUUUAGGGUCAGCUGCAAGUGCACCGGACCUCUGACCCGAUACUUUAGCACACAGGAGGUGAGCAGAGUGAUCGGAGGAGGUCUGAGCAGAGUUCUGGGCUGGAAGGCCGAUCUGAAGAAUCCUCAGCUGGAGGUGAAUGUUUCUCUGAGUGAUGACCACUUGCUGCUGGGGUUUCCUUUAACCAGGUUGCCUCUCGCUAACCGGAGCUACAUGAAGACCACGGGCCUGAGGUCCACCGUCGCCUGGGCUUUAGCCGCCAUGGCUCACAUACAGCCGGGCUCCCGGGUGCUCGACCCGAUGUGCGGCGUGGGGACCGUCCUGAUAGAAGCGGCCCAGGAGCACGAGGCUGUGUGCUUCCUGGGCGUGGACAAUGACGACGGACAGCUGCAGCGGGCCAAUGAGAACGUAGCAUUCGCAGAGCUGCCUCACAGGAUACAGCUGCUGAAAGCUUCUUCCAUGAUGCUGCCUCUGCACAGUUCCAGUGUAGACGCUGUCGUCUGCGACCUCCCGUUCGGCAGGAAGUUCAGCACCAAGACAAACAUGGCUGCCAACCUGCCACUCAUCCUCGCGGAGAUGGAGAGGGUUCUCCGUGUCGGAGGAACCUUGGUUCUCCUUCUGACUCCUCAGUUGUCGUGUCUCCUCAAAAGACUCCUGGCACAGAAAGACGCCGGAGCGACAUGCAACCAGGGGGCGGAGCCUCCAACUGGGAAACCUCGCCGCCCGUCUCCUCCUCCGUCCUCCACAGAGCAGCAGACCGACCCAGUCCUCGGGGGGGUCAAACCGCCACGCACCCAGGAAACAGACUCUGCGCUUCAAUACGGUGCCCCCCCCCCUCGCUGCUCCAUGGAGCACCAGGAGACUCUGAGGGUCAGCUUGGGGGCCAUCGAUGGACUCCUCCAUAAAUACGUCAAGACAGACUCUUGAAGGUUUUAAACGGAUUAGUCGAGGCGUUGAUGUGAUUUAAUUGAAGCUUUUUGCUCCGCGGGACCUUUCUCUGCUGGAGAUUAACUGUAAGAACUCACAUUGUGUGUCUCGGGUGGUUUGGCCACUUGUCAUAGUCUCUUCUGUGUGUUUGUGUAUCUUUCUGAGUCCCUCAGGUUGAAUGUUCCACCCGUUCUUCUUCUUAUCCCACAUGUGAUACCAUCCUAACUGCAUUUGAAAGAACCAAGACUGGGGAAUUAGUUCUAUGUCGUUAUUCGGUUCUUUGUGUUGUCAACAAAUUCCCCACAAAGACCAGAAACAGUUUGUCCCUGAUAAGGAACAUGCAAAUAUGUAGGUUCACUUAAAGACUCCAGCAAAUAUCUGUUAAACUGGUUAAAUGGUGUAUUUUUAAUAAAUGUUUGUUUGAGAGAA